AUGUGAACUCUCUCUCGCGCGCACACACACACACACACACACGCGCACACGUGUUUAAACAGCGUCCCGCGGCACUGCACGCGCACUCACUGCAGCACCGUCCCGUCGCGGGAUGGAUGAACCGGACGCGUCGCGUCAACAGCAGCAGCAGCAGCGGCGGAACGGGCCCGCCGCGGAUGCGCGCAUGCACGGGGUGUUUACAGACGCGGAAACCGGGCGGCUCACGUACGCGCUGAGUCUGUCGGACAGCUGCCUCACGGUCCAGAGGAUCAACUCCCCUUCAUCACCACCAGCAUCAUCGGAGCACCUGGACCUGCGCGACUGCCUGGGAAGCCGCGCGCACCGGGGCGAGCGCGAGGACCAGAGCGCGUAUCUGUGCGCGUAUUUCUACCCGUACCGGCGCCGGUGGAUGGCUUCGGGUCCGGUUCGCCAGAGGGACGAGCGUCGCUUUCGGCUCGAGCUCAAUAGUGAUGAUAAUAAUGAUGAUGAGGAGGACGCGAACCUGCGCGAGGCGGAAAGGUGGGCGCGCGCCAUCAAAAACAACACCGCGCGCCACCCGGGAAACACUCACGGUGUGUUGUUCUCUGAGGUCCGCCGCCCGUGUGGCGUGAUGGUAUUGGUCAAUCCUCAGAGUGGGCGGGGCCAAGCGAUGGCUCUCUAUAACGGCCACGUUCAGCGGAUGCUCACUGAGGCUGAUAUACCACACAAGCUCGUCAUCACAGAGCAUCCGAAUCAUGCUCGAGAUCUGGUGAGGAACGCCGACCUGACGCAGUGGGACGCUUUGGUGAUUCUGUCUGGAGACGGGCUGCUGUUUGAGGUUGUGAACGGUCUAAUGGAUAGGCAGGAUUGGGAAAAGGCCAUCCAGACUCCUCUGGGAAUCUUGCCCGGAGGUUCGGGAAACGCACUGGCUGCUUCCGUCCAUCACUACACGCGUGAGUCUCCGGUGUGGGGUGAGGACCUGCUGACUAGCUGUGGCUUUCUGCUGUGUAAGGGUCUGAUCUCAGGGCUCGACCUUAUCUCCAUCCGUCUGUCGUCCGGCGCUCGUCUCUUCUCCUUCCUCUCUCUGGCCUGGGGCUUCGUGGCCGACGUGGACAUCGAGAGCGAACAGUUCCGUCAGAUCGGAGAACUGCGCUUCCUCCUGGGAACGCUAGUGCGUCUGGCAUCCUUACGGAUCUAUCAGGGAAAACUGGCCUUCCUGCCUGCCGGAGACCAGCCGGAAACAGAUUCCUCUUCUACCGCUGACAACCAGCUGCUUGACCACCUGCUUGUCCCACUCGACCAGCCAGUCCCGCAAGACUGGACGGUCGUGGAGGAGCAGGAUUUUGUCCUGGUGCUCGCCAUGUUCCAAUCGCACCUAAACGAGGAACUGAUGGCGGCUCCGGACGCCCGAGCCAACGACGGGCUGAUCCACCUGUUCUACGUGACGGCGGGAAUCUCUCGGGCCACCCUGCUGCGACUCUUCCGGGCCAUGCAGAGCGGGACGCACCUGGACUACGGCUGCCCGCAUCUGGUGUACCGGCGAGUGCGAGCGCUGAGGCUGGAGCCGCUGAGCGAGGCCGGCGUGAUGACGGUGGACGGGGAGCGCGUGGAGUACGGGCCCCUUCAAGCACAAGUGCACAGAGGGGCGGCCCGUCUCAUCUCCACAUGACGCUGUUUUUAAAGCACAAUCCGGACUGGCUGCCGUUAAACUUGAACUUAAUGUAUUCCUUUGUUUUAUUAAAGAAUUGUAACUUUGAAUGAAUCUCACAAAAAGAUGUCCAGGUCACAUUUCACCCCAAAAACAAAAUAAAUUACAUUCCACAUUUAGAAAAUGGACUUUUUAAAAUUUUAAAAAUUGUUAUUGCAAUUUUUUCUAAUCUAAUCUAAAUAAAUAAAUACAUUUAUUUGGGUGAAAUAUGAGCUGAACAGAUUUCAUGAGAUUUUUUUCUGAUGCUUGUGUAUCUGAAAAUUUAUCCAGGUCAAAUUUCACCCCAAAAAUCAAAAGAAAGACAUAAGACAUUAUAUUUUGCAUGAAAAUGAAGACAACCAUUACUAUUUUUGUGACAUUGUGACAUUAUUUUCUGACCAAUUAACAUUUAUUUAUUAAUUAAAAAAAUUCUGCAAAUAUAAUAGGCCUAUUUAAUUUCUUCUGAUUUUUGGCAUGAGGUUUGUGAGAUUCACGGUGUCUGAUGCGCGAGCAUCUGCAUUAUGCUGGAGUUUAUGCUGCUGCGAUGCACCAAUCUUGAUUUUCUGAAGUGCCAACGUUGAACAUAUGAUAUAGCUGUUCAUCUUUAUUUUUCUAUGAUAGAGCAUUAUGUCAAGCGUUUGGUAUUAUUUAAGAGAGCAUCGUAAUGUGCUGCCUUCUGACCCUCCUAGGAAAUUACAGCUCACUUACAAUCUAAAUCAUAAUGACAUUUGUGGCUUUCAUCUGAUUUUAAAUGAUAAUGGACGCUUUGGGGAUUUUAUUUCUCUCUUUUUCACUGAUUGACAAAUACAGGAAGGUUUUUUAGUGAUAUAAUGCAAUAAAAUGAAGCACAAAUAAUGUGUGUAACUGGUGCUUGAUCUGUGUGUUUUAUUGCUCAUGUGCUACAGCAGAGAAUAAUGGGAAAUAUUGUUUGAUCAUGCAAACCUGUCACACUUUAUCAUUGCAUUGUUCAUCUACGGCAUACUAACUUUAUUGUAUAGUUGACAUGGUAAAAUGUCCUGUCAAUGGUGAAACCUGACACCAAUAACAAUGUUUGGUUUGCUUCUAUAAGUUACUACUUUACAAUUUUGAAUUAUUUACAAACCAACAAGAAAAUCAGCAGGAUGUUCAUAACAAGCUAAAGUUAGCCAUUGGUCAUUCACUUACAUUCAUUUUUCAGUUUAACCAUCUUUUGAAAUGUUAAUACUUGAACUGAUUUAUGUAAUGUUAGCAAACAACUAUCCAACUAAUACCAUCACAGUAUACGUACAUUAAAUUCAAUCAUAAUACUUA